AUGAGCGAGCCAAAGUCGGCCCAGGACUACGGCUCAACCCUCAGCUUCAGCAUCCUCUGCUCAACCUUCGACGUCUCAGAGGCUGCACCCAACACCCAAACAACAACCCGCAUUUUCGACAAGAUCUCUGCCAAUCUCAGUCAGUACGGUUGCUGGCACUGCGUCCUCACCGAAACCAAGCGAAAAAAACAGGACUGCAUCGAGCUCAACCUCUCCCUCACAUGGCAAUCCUACCAGGACCCCGUGUCUUCGCCUAGCUCUCCCACCUCAUUCAACCAACAGGAGACGGCAAAAGGCCAGCAGGGUGUCGCUUCCAACGCCCGAGAACUGAUCAGCCGCAUCCAAACCAUCAAAAUGCGAUCCGACUCGACUCUUUCUGAAUUCCUGGUCGACCGUCUCAAUGGUCAUCGCAUCUUUGAGGGCGAUACCAUUCAAGUCAAGGUGCAGCCGGAAAGGGUGACGAGGAACGGACGAUACAAGUUCAGGAUCGCAUUUCACACACAGGACAUCUCGAGAUCUCGGUUCUUCGAGCAUCCGAACUUCACUCCCUUUCUCGAUAUCUACACAGACUUUGAACCCGAGCAAUACUGGAAGGACACCCCACCGGAUGUUUGCUUUUACUUUCCUGCCUCGAUGGCUGUUCGCGAGUCAAUCUCCAUUAACGCUCACUCUUCUGCUCUGGGCGAGAGCCAGUAUUUUGUCCAACGGUUGACGGAGGUCACGGAAGGAAAGGCCACCCGAGGGAGCCCCUUCUACAGUGUCUUAUACGACAUCAUCGAGUUCACCCCUCAGGUCUUUCGAGUCAUGCUGCGGUACCUCUACACAGGACGGUUGCGACUCAAGAAGCGGGAUGAAGAAGCUCAAAAGCGAACCACCUCUGGGGUCACCCAGAAUGAGAACAAGUCGGCUGGUACUGCUGCUUCAGAGGUCUGUGCUUUUGGCGCCUUGGAGACAGGGGAGCGAAGAAAGAAUCACCGAGAUGAACCAGAUGCUGUCUACUUUGAGGACCUUUACCGGAUUUCAGAGCGCUAUGAGAUUCCGACGCUGAAAGCCUUGUCACUCAAGGCUAUGCAGCGUUCUUUGGACAUGUCAGUCGCCAUAUCUCUGUUGGCCAAGUGUCGACCUGAGGGCCGAGAGGAGGAAAGUGAGGAGAGGGACAAGGACGUGUCGCGUCGAGACCCCGAGGCCGUCUUGAAUGGACUGCAGUGGGCCAUGGCCAAAGACAGCGUCAAGGAGUAUAUUCAGUUUUUUGGUACCGAGGUCACUACCUCAGCGAACGACGCCGCCCCCCGGCAGGACCUCUCUGUCGAAGAGCGCAACGACAUGGUCAACGUUCUCGGCGAGGAUAUCCUCAGCAACCUCCACCGCUUCUGGGAAUAA